AUGAACGAGAUCUGGUCGACCUAUGUCUCUCCUGAAGACGCUGCCUCUGGCGGCGGUGGAGGAGGAAAAAAGGGAAAGCGACAAAAAGGUGGCUCCUUCCAAACUGUCUCUGCUCUUCAUCGAGAAUCCCUCGGUCGAUUGAUGACCAAUCUUCGAUCAACUCAGCCCCACUUCGUCCGUUGCAUCAUCCCGAACGAGAAGAAGAAGCCCGGAUACAUGGACAACAACCUGGUCCUUCAUCAACUCCGAUGUAACGGUGUCCUCGAAGGAAUCCGAAUUUGCCGAAAGGGUUUCCCAUCGCGAGUUGAAUAUGCUGAAUGGAAGCAGCGAUAUACCAUUCUUAACGCCAAGGUCAUUCCUCAGAAGGGAUUCAUGGACAACAAAAAGGCCUGUGAGAAGCUUCUUGAAAGUCUUGCUGAAGAACUUUCACCAGAUCUCUAUCGAUUCGGCCAUACGAAGCUUUUCUUCAAGGCUGGUGUUAUCGGUCAUUUGGAAGAACUAAGAGAUGACAAAAUUGGUCAAAUCUUGACUAAGCUCCAGUCUUUUAUUCGGGCGAAACUCGCAAAGGAGAAAUACCAGCGGGUGGUUGCUGAAAGAGAUGGAGCAAUGGUCAUUCAGGCCAAUUGGAGAGCCUACAUUCAACUCGCCGACUGGCCGUGGAUGCAUCUCAUGUACAAGAUCCGACCUUUGCUCAACUCCGCUGAGAAGAGAAAAGAAAUGGACGAGCUCAAGGCCGAAUAUGAUGACAUCAAGAAACAGCUUGAAGUCGAAACGGCGCUGAGAAAGAAGCUCGAAGAUGCGUACAUCAAAUUCACACAGGAGAAAAACAAGUUCAUGGCCAUGCUGAGUGGCGAGGGAGAUGCACUUGCUGAUGCGGAAGAUCGAGCCGAAGCCUUGGCUAAAUCAAAAAUUCAGCUCGAUGGUCAAAUCAAGGAGCUUCAGGAGCGACUCGAGGACGAAGAAGAGAUCAACCAAGAUCUGAACAAUAAGAAGGCAAAACUUGACCGGGAGAAACGCGAGUUGCAAAAAGACAUAGAAGAACUCGAGUCGACCCUUUCCAGGGUGGAGCAGGAGAAGAACUCUUUGGAAGACAAAGUCAAGAGCAAUUGCGAGGCACUGGCUACGACAGAAGAGCACAUGGACAAGCUGGCCAAGGAAAAAAGAGCGCUUCAGGAGCAGCACCAGCAGGUCCUCGACGAUCUUCAAGUUGAAGAAGACAAGGUCCAUUCUCUAACGAAAUCGAAAAAUAAGAUGGAACAGCUGGUUGAUGAUUUGGACUCAGCGCUUUCUCACGAGAAGAAAUGCAGGGUGGAUCUGGAGAGACAGAAGCGCAAGUUGGAGGGAGAUCUCAGACUCAACCAGGAAACUAUCAUGGAUCUUGAAAACGACAAGCAGCGUCUUGAAGAAAAGAUCAAAAAGGCCGAAUUCGAAUGCAACCAAAUCCGAACCAAAUGCGAAGAUGAGCAAGCCCUCAUCGCCCAGCUUUCCAAAAAGAUCAAAGAGCUUCUCGCCCGAAUCGAAGAACUAGAAGAAGAGCUAGAAGCCGAGCGAGCUGCCAAGGCGAAAUCCGAAAAAGCUCGAAUGGAGAUUUCCCGAGAGCUUGAAGAAUUUGCCGAGCGGCUUGAUAUUGCGACGAAUGCGACAACUUCGCAAAUUGAAAAGUCGAAGAAGCGAGACGCCGAGCUGGCGAAGUUGGCUAGAGACAUGGAGGAACUGACUUUGGCUCAGGAAUCGCAAAUCGUUGUUCUUCGAAAAAAACAUGCUGAUCAUACUUCGGAAAUUGGCGAAACGAUCGAAAACCUGACUCGAAUCAAGGCCAAGUUGGAAAAAGAACGAUCUGAGAUGCGAAUGGAAGCUGAUGAUCUUCUCUCCACCAUCGACACCCUAACCAAGCAGCGAGUUCUUCUUGAAAAGCAAAUGAGAACCGUCGAAGAUCAGUUCAACGACCUCCAAGAAAAAUACGAAAAGUCCGAGCGAGAAGUCGCCGAUGCCAAUGCAUCCAAAGCGCGGGGCAUUGCCGAGUUGAACGAGUUGAAGCGACUUGUGGAGGAAAAAGAAGCGAUGAACAGCCAGUUGAAGCGUCAGCAAAACUCCGUCAAUCAGCAAAUCGAGGAAACAAAACGAACAUUCGAAGAGGAGCAGAAAGUCAAGAACUCGCUCGCCCAUCAGUAUCAAAAUGCUCUUCACGAUGCUGAAUUGCUAAAAGAACAAUACGAUGAUGAAGUUGAAGCUAAAGUCGAGCUUCAAACUCAGCUGACGAAGUCGCAAGGAGAAAUUCAACAUUGGAAGGGCAAGUAUGAGACUGACGCGAUUCAGAAGACAGAAGAGCUCGAGGAUGCAAAAAAGAAGCUGUCUACUAGACUUGGAGACGUUGAAGAACAAGUUGAGUCAAUUUCUGCCAAGUGCGGAUCUCUAGAUAAGUCAAAGACUCGAUAUCAAGGAGAAAUUGAGACGAUCACCGUUUCGCUCGAAAAGACAAACAACCAGAUUUCCACGUUAGAAAAGAAGCAGAAAACUUUUGAUAAGCAAGUAGAAGACUGCGUUGCAAGACAAAAUCAAUUGCAAUCUGAAGUUGACGCUGCGAACAAAGCUGCUAGAGAACGAAGCACAGAAGUGUACAAAUUACGAAACGCAUAUGAAGAAUCCUUGGAGCAUACUGAAACUCUCAUGCGCGAGGUCAAACAGACGCAAGAAGAACUGAUCGACUACCAAGACCAAAACGCCGAGGCCCAGCGUCACAUCUCCGAGCUGGAACGUGCGAAACGUGAGAGUGAGGUUGAACUUAAUCAGCUCCAAGCGCAGUACGAGGAAUCCGAAGCGGCCGUUGAGCAGGAAGAGAACAAGAUCCUCCGAAUCCAAGUCGAGCUUAAUCAGCUCAAAAAUGACUAUGACAUUCGCAUUCGUGAGAAGGAAGACGAUAUCGACUCGUCUAGACGAAAUUGCCAACGAAGCUCCGAUUCUCUUCAAAACUCUCUUGAUGCGGAAACUAAAUCACGUGCUGAUGCGAUCAAAUCGAAAAAGAAGCUCGAAGGUGAAAUGGCCGAUAUUGAAGUUCAACUUGCUCAUUCUCUCCGCCAAAAGAACGAAUUCCAGCGACAGGUGAAGGACAUCAUGGCCGAAAUCAAAGACAACGACGCUAGAAUCGACGAAUAUGAGCGAGUCAACGAGUCCAUUCGAGAAAACUUCGCCAUCUCCGACCGACGAAACAAGAUGCUUGCUGAAGAGAUUAGCGACCUUCGAAGCAACUUUGAAUCGCUUGAAAGAGCGAGAAAGGUGGCUGAGGGCGAGUUGAAUGAGGCAAGGGAUCGGGCAAAUAUGCUGCAUACGCAGAACGCAGCGCUGAUGAAUCAAAAGAGAAAGUUUGACAAGGAUGUUCAGGCGUUGACCGAUGAAGUUGAUGAAGCUACUCAGGAAGCGAAAAAUGCCGCUGAAAAAGCCAAAAAAGCUGUCACCGAUGCUUGUGGAAUGGCCGACGAUUUGCGAAAAGAACAAGAUCAAUCCAUGCAUCUCCAAAAGGCUCGAAAAACUCUUGAAGGAGUCGUCAAGGAACUCCAACAACGACUCACUGAUACUGAACAACAAGCGCUCAAGGGCGGCAAGAAGCAACAGCAGCGGUUGGAAGCGAAGAUUCGAGAGUUGGAAAGUGAGCUAGAAGCUGAAACCCGACGCGGCUGUGAUGCUCAGAAGAUGCUGAGAAAAUCCGAAAGAAAGCUCAAGGAACUCCAGUACGCGACUGAAGAGGACUCGAAAAAAUCCGGACGGCUUCAGGACCUCGCAGAUCAGCUUCAACUCAAGGUCAAGUCGUACAAGCGCGCCGCCGAAGAAGCUGAAGAAAAUGCUAACAAGAAUCUUGCUCUCUACCGAAAAUUCCACCACGAAUUGGACGAAGCCGAGGAGCGAGCGGAAACUGCUGAAGCUGCUCUUUGCAAGAUUCGAACUCACUCAAAAUACUAA